AUGAGUUUUACUUUCGGUAACCCGGUUGCGAGCGUUGCGCCAACGAUGGGCACCACCAAUCCAGUGACGACCGCCAGUACUGGUUUCGGAUUUGGCGCGUCUACAUUCGGAGUUCCGGCUCUACCACGUCUUACAGCUACAACUUCGGUCACAGCAGCAUCUACAGCAGCCGGUCAAUUAACGUUGGGAAGUUUCACCGCUUCAAAACCAGCAGCUCAGUCGGCGGCAAAUUUGACAACGACCACGCAAACAACUCAGUCAUCUUCGGUAUCCGGUACACAGCUGAACUUCUGUCAGUUGGAAGAAUUCAUAAACAAAUGGACGCUCGAGUUGGAGGAACAGGAGAAGCUUUUUACUAACCAAGCUACCCAGGUGAACGCUUGGGAUAAACUUUUGUUGGGCAAUGGCGAAAAAAUAGUUGCCCUCAAUGAGGCUGUCGAGAAGGUGAAGGCCGAGUAA